AUGAUUGCAGCAUUUGCCCAGUGUGGGGAUUUUGCGAGCGCGCUGGAGCUCUACGUCGAGCAUCCCGUGCCUGACAAGAUCACGCUCAUUCUGGCAGCGAAAGCGUGCGCUAGCUUGGGGGAUCUCGAUCGAGGACGGGAAAUCCAUGCCAGAGCCGUGGAGCUGGGAUUGGAAUCGGACCUCCUGGUGGCCAACAGUCUGAUCGGGAUGUAUGGCAAGUGCUACUGCGUGGGCGAUGCCAAGCGCUUGUUCGAUGGAUUGGAGGCUAAGAACAGGGACGUGAUCUCAUGGAACUCGAUCAUCGCGGCUUAUAUCUUGGCCGGGAUGAGCUCGCAGGCUCUGGAGCUCUUCCGGGAGAGAAUGGAUGUGGAGCCGAAUAGGAUCACUUUCAUCGCGCUGAUCGAUGCCUGCUCGACCCUGUGCGAUCUCGAGCAGGGAAGAUGGAUCCACGAGAGGAUUCGCAGCUCGGAAUUUGCGAGAGAGGUGGCAGUGGAGAACGGUCUACUGCUCAUGUACGCCAAGUGUGGGAGCAUCGAGGAAGCGAUGGCCAUCUUCGAGAGCAUGGAAGGGAGACGAACGGUCUCUUCCUGGAAUUCGAUGAUCGCGGCUUGGGCGAGUCAAGGAGAUCGAGAUGGCAGUAGCAGUGACGAGGUUUUACGGAUCUACAACAGGAUGAGCUUGGAAGGAUUGAAGGCUGACAAGAUCACUUUCGUGAGCUUGGUGACGAUUUGCAAGGAUAUCUUGCACGGAAGGAGGAUUUUCGAGCAGAUCAUCGCUGCUGGGAUCGUUCUAGAGACGGAGAUGGAGCUCGCAACGAGCUUGGUGAUCAUGUACUGCAAAUUCGGCUGUGUGGCCGACGCGAUGGCAGUUUUCUCUGGGAUGAGAUCAAGAGAUGUGGUGGCCUGGACAGCGAUGAUCACGGCUUUCUCGCAGCAAGAACACACGAGCAUGGAGGCCGUGGAUUACUUUUGCCAGAUGGAUUUGGAUGGAUCGAAGCCCGACGAGGUGACUUUCGCCAGCGUUCUUGGAUCGAUUGCUCGAUUGGGUCUUCUCUCCAGAGGAAGAUCCGUCCACUGCGAUGUUCUAGCCUGCGGAUUUCAAUCCGAUGUCGUGGUGGGCACUGCGCUGCUCGACAUGUACAGCAAAUGCGGGAGCUUGAUCGAUGCCAAGCGCGCGUUUGACGACCUGGGAGGCUCCAGGAAUCUCGUCUCCUGGAACGCGAUGAUCGCUGCCAUGGCCAAGCAUGGCGAUUGGAGCUCCGGCUUCGAGCUCUACCGCGCCAUGAUCCUCGAGGGAGUGAGACCCAACGAUGUCACAUUCACCAACAUGCUCUUCCUGUGCAGUCACGGCGGUGGUGGCGAUCGAGAAUGCGGCAUCUGGGACGCUUGCGCAUCGAUCGUGCUCGAAUUCGGCGUCAAGAUCACGCCCGAUCACCACUGCUCGAUCGUGGAUGUUCUUGGGCGAUCCGGGCGGCUCGAGGAGGCAGAGGAAUUCGUGGACAAGGGGAUGGGAUUCGAGCCGGGGAUCGUCGAGUACCGUACGCUCCUGGGGAGCUGUACGGUUGCUUGCGACAUGGAGAGAGGCGCGCGCGUGGCGCAGCGCGUCAUGGAAAUCGAACCUCAAACUUCCAUGGCAUAUUCACUGCUGGCCAAGAUUUUGAGGAGGAAGGAGCAAGAAAACAACGAGGAGGCUGGCGGCUGUGGGGAAUUCCAACAAAGUAAGUAUGAGAGAGCUCGCGUUCUUGGGACACGCGCUUUGCAAAUCAGCUCCUUCAUAGCAAUCUGCAGAGAACAUUCAAGAGCUCCAUCACUCCACACAAAUUCCUUUUCAGAGUUUCUAUACCUCGAGUGGAUCUCGAGUGAAGUUUUGGCUUUCUUAGCGAAGAAUCGUGCAGAAUCUGGCAAGGUAUAA